AUGGCAACUGUCAAAAACAGUUUGGACGGAAUUUUGAAGUGCGCGUCUGAUUUUUUGCGUCUCCUUCAAAUUCAAAAAUUAAAAGCAAAUUUUGAAAGCGAUUAAUUUUUUUCCGACUAUCUAACAAAGCAAACAAAUUAAUUACACAAUGGCCGGUUACAAUCCCGUCGAUUUGGUUGAGGAGGACGCCGCCGAUUUGCAGUUUCCCAAAGAGUUCGAGAACGCCGAAACGCUGCUCAUCAGCGAGGUGCACAUGCUGCUCGAGCACCGCAAGAACCAGAACGAGUCGUCCGAGGAGGAGCAGGAGUUUUCCGACGUGUUCCUCAAGACGUACAACUACACAGGGCUGUUCCGCAAGUUCAAGAACAAGGAGACGAUCGCGAGCGUGCGCAACCUGCUCAUGUCCAAGAAGCUGCACAAGUUCGAGCUGGCCGCACUCGGGAACCUGUGCCCGGAGGCGCCCGAGGAGGCGAAGGCGCUGAUUCCGUCGCUGGAGGGCCGCUUCGAGGACGAGGAGCUGCGGCAGAUUUUGGACGAUAUUGGGACGAAGCGCAGCUUGCAGUACUGAAGGGAGGUUCUCAUUUUUUGCUACUUGAAGGAAGUCUGUUGAUUUGAGGAUUAACAUUGUAUUUAUUUUAACGAGACGAGGGUGACUAAAUAAACUGGAAGAUGACUCCAA